CUUUAGGUGUACGCGCCUCAUGUCAUGCAUCGGGUGGGUGCCAUCUCCGGCGCUUCCGGUGGGCCAUCGAUCGCCCGCGUGGCGUUUGGACGGCCAUCGGGCGGCCGCGCCGCGACACGAUACGUCGGCGGGAAUGCAGCCGGCGGGAAUGGAGGUCUCGCGGACGCGAAGCCUCGCGGCCUUGGCCUGCGCCUUGGCCUGGGCUCGGAGUCGCCCGGAAAGGCGCCGCGCGGGUCCGAGCUCGGCGCGGCGCGCGCUGCGGGUCCACGAGUUCUUUAGCGGCGUGGGAGGCUUGCGUUUGGCCUUCCAAGCGGCCGGGGGCCGUUCGGCCCGCUGGCGGGCCUACGAGGUGGACGAAGCCUGUUGCCAGGCCUACCGCCAGCUCUACCAUUCCCGGCAGCUGGGGGGCGUGCGACAAGCCGAGCCCUGGAAAAGCAUAGUGCGGCCGGAGGACGAGCUUUGGCGCUGCUCCAUCGACAAGCUGCCAGAUGCAGCCUUUGAGAAGGCGGACCUUUGGAUCAUGAGUCCACCCUGCCAGCCCUUCACGCGCACGGGCCACAGGCUGGACGUCAAGGACCCCCGGUGCAGGGCCCUGCUGCGACUUGUGGAGGCCUUGCCCAAGCUACGGGUGAAGCCCAAGGGGAUCCUGCUGGAGAACGUGCCCGGCUUCCAAAAUUCCGAGGCCCACAAGAGGCUCUGUGCGGCGCUCCGGGAGGCAGGCUUAGAGUGGCAGGAGCUACUGUUGGACCCUCGGAGUUUCGGCUUCCCCAACACUCGGCAGCGCUUCUACCUGGUAGCCACGGCGGCGGAAGUGGACCUGGAGGAGCUCGGUGGCGUUCCAGUGAGACCUGUGAAGGACUUCUUGCGGCCUGUGGCGCCGGAAGACUUGGAGGCCCUGCGGGUGCCCAGGCAGUUUCUGCAAGAGGCGCACGAGGAGAAGUGGCAGCUGGAUGUGGCCACCGGUGAGUCCUUGGCAACGAAGACCUUCACCUCCAGCUACGGCAAGGUGGGCUAUGGCGCGGAGGGCCUGAGUAAGGCGGGGCCGCUGCUCGACAUGCUCGGGAAGGAUGGCAAGCGCUUCAGGUCUUUGCCACCGGAGCACUGGGACCAUGUGCGGUACUUUGCGCCCGAGGAGUUGGCCCUCCUCAUGGGAUUUCCAAACGCAUUCGCCCUGCCGGAGAUGUCCACGAGGACGCAGUGGCGGCUGCUGGGGAACUCGGUGAACGUGGCGGUGGUCACCGCGCUGCUGCGGCGCCUGCUGCGCGCCCUGGGGGAGGCGCCGGAAGCCGCGGAAGCGGCGGCUUCCGCCGCGGAGCGGCCCCUGGGCCGCGUGAGCGCGUGAGGGGCGCGCGCCGGAGGACUUCUAAAGCUUAAAGAUGGAGGUUGACUC